UUGCUGCCGCUUUCAAAAUGGUUUUAGUUUUAUGUGUUUGGAUCAUAAACAAAUUCAUAAACUUUCUGAAGCUCCAGUAUGGGCGAUUAAGUAGAAAGGCAAUUGUCGAGCUGAUUUAUGGAUUUGACUACAGUUUAUACCGGUUAUGGCUGCAGAUCUACGGUGAGCCAGAUGAAACAGAUGCCGUCAUCUUCAACGAGCUCCCGCGUAGGUGUCGAUUUCAACAUGUUUCAACAAAUUGCCCAAAGAAAUACUGCGAGACCUGUCGUGUGGACAGAGUCAUUAUGUACAUAAACAGGGCCAAGGUCUCAAUUGACAUUGCCCACUUGACGUUCUCGCAUACCACGUUCUACUACGCCAUCGCAUCUGCCUGGCUAAGGGGCGUUAAUAUACGCUUGGUGACCGACUCCCAGAUGAUCUACGCCCGGGGCUCGCUGGUGCAGCGUCUGAUAGCGGCCGAAAUACCGGCGCGCUGUUCCCCGGUGCAUGUGAUGAUGCAUCACAAAUUCUGCAUUAUCGAUGGAGACGAUCGCGUUCUGCAACUUGAUGGAGGGGAGCACCGCGUUCACAGUCGCCUUUGGCGGCGUAAGGGUUACGUGAUGACAGGUUCUCUAAACUGGACCAAACUGGGCACUGGCAGCAAUUACGAGAACGUUGUGGUCACUUCAAAUCGUGUGGUCAACAAACUUUAUCAGAAGCUUUUUGAUGAUAUGUGGGAAUAUUUUCCGGUUCUCAAUAUGACAAGCUUUAGAACUAAGACGUUCGCAAAUAAUGCGCCUGACAUCGCUUGUAUGCCUUGGAAAUUCUGGCAAUAAGAUUUUUGUACAUAAAGGAAAAAUGUCCAACUAUUAACAUUUCAUCUGAAUGCAUUCUUAAGGGCAUUUAAUACUUUUUCGCCACCCCACUACGUUUAUUGCAGCAAAGUUUUUCUCACAACUUUUCUGGCUGCCUCGUCUACUUGUUACACAUGAUGCGGAAAUUUCAGCAGUUAACCAAGUUAACAAAUCCACCACGUUUUCUUUUUUUUUUCUCCCCAUUGUUUCGGUCUUGAUUACACUUUGGUCGCUCAUAAAUUUGUAUCCGAGCGGGAAAAAAAUCUCGCUGCAAGUUGCUUACUUCUUCAGAAUGGCCAAUAUAAAG